AUGGAAGAUUUCUUCACACUGGCUGGUGGCUUAUCUGAACAAGCAGAGACACUUCAAUACACUGAUGAUGAUGCUGAACGAAUCAGAUGGGACACACUAACCUCUGACUUACCUCAAUCCACUACUCAGAAAGACAUCUAUCAGGAACUUAUAAGCCUGAAAAAGGAGGCAGACCUUGACCUCCACGGCCUGUUCCUGUCAGACUACCACAUGCGACUGCAAAUACUACGUGGAUUCAGAAAAAAAAAAUAUACAUGCAAUAGGUAAAGCUAAACCUAAAGUCUGCGGAAAAUGGAUAGCAGUCCUCAAUAAAUGCUCACUAGACCUCAUCAUAAUCAUUAUUGAAGAAAACUUGGGAAACCCUCCUGCUCACAUCUACAGAAGCAGUGCCCAUGGUCCUUAAACUCAACCAGGCCGUAAAGGAGUACAAAACUGACCAAGUCAGAUUUAAACGCGAGAAGGUUGAGAAAGUCAAAGCCGACUACUCUGAAGAUAGAGUAUACAAGUGGCUGAAUGGCCACAACGAGCAACCAAGAUUUGCAAGGAAUCGCCGCCCUAUCAGAAAGCCUCGACAGUUCACGAUCAACAGGACAUCUGCUGAAUCCACCUCAGAUUUUGACAAUCAACGUAGACCGGAAAACUCAGGACCCUCUGUACAUUUUUUAGAGAGAGGCAAUACUUCAACAGGCAUAACUACAAGGCAGCAGUCCAGACAAGAGUUUAAAGCAAACAAUACAUCACUCGAUGUGGACAGAGGGGCAACACAUUCUGGAGCAAGAGGCAGACAUCCACGACGGAGAUAA